AUGUUCACCAGCAUCAUCAUGUCAUCAUGGCUGUUAAUAGUAAUGAGGGUCACCAUGUCUGAUUUAGAAGAUCAUGGAGGGCAUCAGGAGGAGGAAGAUGAGGAGCAGGGAGAGGGAGAAGAACGCCCCAAAUACAAGUCUCUGGUCACACAGCUUGCUGCCCCUAAAAUCCCUGAGGGGGAGAGGGUUGACUUUGAUGACAUCCACAGGAAAAGGAUGGAGAAAGAUCUUCUGGAGCUGCAGACUCUGAUAGAUGUCCACUUUGAGCAAAGGAAGAAAGAGGAACAGGAGCUGAUUGGACUCAAAGAAAGGAUUGAGAGCCGACGGGCAGAAAGAGCUGAGCAGCAGCGAGUGAGGGCUGAAAAAGAGCGGGACAGACAGACACGGAUUGCUGAGGAGAGGCAGAGGAAGGAGGAUGAAGAGGCGAAAAAGAGGGCUGAUGAUGAGGCCAAGAAGAAGAAAGUGCUCUCUAACAUGGGAGCUCACUUUGGAGGAUUCCUGGCCAAGGCAGAGCAGAGGCGAGGCAAAAGGCAAACAGCGAGGGAAAUUAAGAAGAAGACUCUGGCAGAGAGACGCAAGCCACUGGCUAUUGAGAACUUGAAAGAGGAUGGGCUGAGAGAGAGAGCCAAGGAGAUGUGGGAAUGGAUCUACCAGCUGGAGUCAGAGAAAUUUGACCUGACCGAGAAGAUGAAGAGGCAGAAGUACGAGAUAAACGUUCUCCUGAACAGAAUCCAACAUGCUCAGAAAUUCAAAAAGGGCCACGGUAAAGGGAAGGUUGGAGGACGCUGGAAGUGA